AUAUUGGAUAAAUACAUAACGCCGUUUAUUUAGAGUAGAAAUGCUCGGUGAUUUCACCUUCAACUGAAUACUAGUUUUAAACAGGUUCUACCUGGUUCAAUCAUAAUCAAACUAGAUAUAACUACUUUUCAAAGGUAAUUAGCAAAAAUAUCGUUUCGAGUUAAAACAUAUUUUAUACAAUCCCUUUACUGGUCUUACUCUUACAGGUGUAAAUUUAUUUUAUCCGGAAUCAAUAAAAAUACUUCGUUUAAGCAAAUCGCACGUCAAUAGCUUACUAAUAAAUGUUAUACAAUUCGUUAUCUAUUAUGUUGUUAGAGAUAUUUUAUCUCGCUUAAUUGAGAAGUAUUCGGUUUAUUAUCACAUCCGUGUCGAGUUUACAUCGCGAUGAACGUGUUAAAACGUUUUCAAAGUGUAAAACAGUUUAUUAAAACACACAAUAUUAAUGAUGUAACUAAAAGAUCCACACACCAUGUUAUUAGCAUAGAUAUAGAUGGUGAACAUUUGAAAUUCCCACACGUUUGGCUUAGGGACAAUUGCCAGUGUGAACAGUGCUUUCAUACUUCAGCAAGAAGCAGGAUAAUCGAUUAUAGCAAUUUCAACAUCGACUCCAAACCUAAAGCGGUCGUUAAGGGUGCAAAUUCUGUGCAAAUCACAUGGGAUGACGGACACACUUCAAAUUUCAAACUUGACUGGUUGAAACUCCGAAGUUUUACAGCGGAAAGUCAAAAUAAAUACACAGAUUUUAUUUAUAGGCCGAAAAGGACAUCGUGGCAUGGUAAGGAGUUUUUAAAAAUAUGUGGCAUACAUGAUUAUAACAAAAUAGUUCAGUCUGACGAAGCUUUAUAUGAAUGGUUAUACGAUGUGUCUGUUUAUGGAGUCGCGUUAAUACAAAAUACACCAAAUAAGGAAAAUGCAAUAGAUAAUAUCAUUGCAAGAGUAGGUUUCUCUAAGCAAACGCACUACGGAGUCAAAUUUACAGUACAGAAUGUUGCAAAUACGAGUAAUGUGGCGUAUUUGUCUAGCAAUUUACAAAUGCACACCGAUUUACCGUAUUACGAAUAUUGUCCUGGUGUAAAUAUGCUUCAUUGCCUCGUGCAGACCAAAAGUGAAGGUGGAGAAAACCUUCUAUCUGACUGUCAUUACACAGCUCAAUAUAUGAAAGAAAAUUAUCCAGAGGAAUAUGAAAUUUUAACUAAUAUAGAAGUAGAAUGGAGUGAUAUAGGUGUAGAAGAUGGUAAUGAGUUCUUCAAGCUGUACAGAUCUCCUGUAAUAUGUUUGGACAGUAAUAAAGAAGUGACAAGGAUAAAUUGCUCAAUCCCACAAAGGGGUAACCACUUUCCAGGCUUAUUGAAUGUUGUUGUGCCAUGGUACAAAGCCCACAAACUUUUCUUCGAUUUAAAUCAAGAAUUUGCUGCUAAAUUUAAAACUAAGGAAGGUGACAUACUGGUGUUUGAUAAUAUACGGUUGUUACAUGGAAGAAAUAAAUAUGAGGACAAACCGAAUAACACAAGAAAGCUUAUUGGCGGUUAUGUUGAUUGGGAUGAAAUUUACUCAAGGCUUAGGUGCUUAAAAGUAAAACUGUUCCCCAAUAGUGGCAUUCUGUAGCCUUCAUGAAUUGUUUUUAUAUUUACUUGCUAUUUUUAUAUAUAUGAACUUCAUUCAUAUGGUAGUUCUUAAUUAAACACUACAUUAGAAUAAAAUAAUAAUUUUUUAAUUCUGCAUAACAAGAAAAACCUUA